GUGGGAGUUGCAAAUGGCUUUAGCAACCUGGUCAAGAUUCAUGACCUCUCCCUGUUGCUGCACAGAAAUCAACAAGCCAUGGAAAGCCAGCUAAUACAUCCAACGAUUUAGGUUUCCUCUCUGAUACGUGAAGCUCCUGUAUGCAAGAGCAAUGGAGAAAACCAAAACCUGAUGCUGAAUCAGAAUGUGGAAGAGCCAUGACUGAAACAGUAGCUUGUGUUGGCUCAUUUACAGCUGUUAAAGCACUUUGGGAAGUCAGAAUCCAAAAAAUAAACGAAGAACUCAGGAAGGAAAGAGAAUUCAGGCAGAAGGCUACGGGGAGGUUGACACUUGUUUGGGAAGAGAGGGUCAGUCUGACCAAGCUCAAAGAAAAAGUGAUCACUGAAGAUGGGAGGGUUAUAUUAAAGAUUGAACAUGAAGAAUGGAAGAUGCUACCUUCUUGCUUACUGAAACUGAACCAUCUUCAGGAAUGGCAGCUUCACAGAACUGGUUUGGUAAAAAUUCCUGAAUUCGUCGGUCGCUUUCAAAAUCUCAUUGUGCUAGAUCUGUCUCGAAAUUCCAUUUUGGAGUUGCCUACACAGAUUGGUCAGUUGUCAAAUCUCCAAGAGCUGAACCUAAGUUACAAUAAAAUUAAAACCAUUCCUAAAGAGCUGAGCCAUUGUGUCAGUUUGGAAAGACUGGAGCUGGCUGUCAACAGAGACAUCUGUGAACUUCCCCACCAGCUCAGCAAUCUGAAAAGGCUUUAUCACAUGGAUCUGAGUAUGAACCAGUUUGCCACUUUCCCAUCAGUCCUCCUGGAGAUGCCUAAUCUGGAAUGGCUAGACAUGGGAGGAAAUCAGCUGAAGGAACUCCCUGGCAAUAUUGACAGAAUGGAAAACCUGCAUACAUUGUGGCUCCAACGGAAUGAAAUAAAUAACUUGCCAGAAGCCAUUUGCAACCUAGCAAACCUAAGUACCCUUGUCCUCAGUAGUAACAAACUUCAAGAUAUUCCUGUUUGUAUGGAAGGCAUGACAAACCUGAGAUUUGUCAACUUCAGAGACAAUCCGCUAAAACUGCAGAUUAUACUCCCUCCAUGUGAGAAUGAGGAAGAGGAGGAAGAACGAGAGUUGUAUGGAAUUCAGUUCAUGCAAGCAUACAUUGAGGAAUCACACAGCAGAAAAGAAAACACAGAAAACAAUAUUGCUGCUAUCAAUAACAACUGGAAAUAAAUCCUGCCAAUUUCCUUUUUACAACUACUAGGAGGCAACUAUCAUACUUUUUUCAAGUUCGAAAGACUGAAGAACACUCAUAUCUACUCUGAGAAAAAUGUUACGAUAUUCUCUCACUGUGGGAGGAAUGCUUUGGUGUUUUGAGCCAAUAUUGAAAUCUGAAAAAAACCAAAAACCC